AUCCAUCCRUCCAUCCCAUGGCUGUCUGCUCCGAGGGGACACUGCUGUCCCCACCCCUGAACCACACACUCAUCACUCUGUGGAGUGGAAUCUGUGCAGUGCCUCCCCUCCAGCACUCUCCAAAAGCACACCUGGGACUCCAAGGGUGCAAAGGGACAGCCUAAAGUCCAAAGCCACRCUCUUCACGAGGUUAAUGUUUGCUAAAUCACCGGCAGUGCAAAGAAAAGGUCCCACAGAUAAACCUGUGUGAGAUAAGAACCAGCUCCAAACUUCCCAGCCCCAUUUGCAAACUCGGGCCGCCUUCACCUCCCUGUGGGGCUCAUUGAAUCCUGCCUGCACUCCUGCACAGGGAUGGGUUUGCUCCUGAAGGUUUUCAUCCCUUUGUUGGGAGCAGCACUGGCCUUUUAUUUUUAUUCAGCAUCGGAGGAUUUCAAUGAAGAGAUGCUCCGGGGGAAGCGGGUGAUCGUGACRGGAGCCAGCAGYGGCAUCGGGGAGCAGAUGGCAUAUCACCUGGCACGGAUGGAGGCUCACCUGCUGCUCACGGCACGGACAGAGGCCAGGCUGCAGAAAGUCGUGGAGCGAUGCCUGGAGCUCGGCGCUGCCUCCGCCCGCUACAUCAGCGGCUCCAUGGACAGCCCCACCCUGCCCCAGCAGCUGCUCCGGGAGGCUGAGAACACCUGGGGUGGCCUCGACAUGCUCAUCCUAAACCACAUCGGCCAGGGCGGCGUCCGCUUCUUCGACGGGGACGUGGAGCACGUCCGACAGCUCAUGGAGAUCAACUUCAUCAGCUACGUGGCCAUGACCACGGCUGCCCUGCCCAUGCUGAAGGAGAGCGAGGGCAGCAUCGUGGUGGUUUCCUCUGUGGCCGGCAGAACUGGUGGCCCAUUUAUUGCUCCCUAUGCCGCAACCAAGUUCGCCUUGGACGGAUUUUUCAGCUCCUUGAGACAGGAAUUCAUCAUGGACAAGGUCAAUGUCUCCAUCACGCUCUGCAUCCUGGGCUACAUCAACACAGAGAGCGCCGUGCGCGCCGUCUCGCACAUCAUCCGCUCCACRCCGGCGCCCAAGGACGAGUGUGCCCUGGAGAUCAUCCGUGGGGCAGCGCUGCGCCAACGUGAGGUGCUCUACCCGUCCCUGUCCAUCCGUGCCACGCUCCUCGGCCGCAGCAUCGYCCCGGAGAUCCUCGACUCCAUCCUCCGCAGCAACUUCCACCACCCAAACACCACAGCGUAGAGUCUGCAGCCUGCUGGGACCCCUGGGGACGGGCAUCGGGGAUUUGGGGGUUAAUCCAGCUCUCCACACCGCUGGGGCAUCCCCUGGGCUGGCACCCCCUGGCACCCCCUGGGACAGGACACUCCAGGAGUCAGGAACGCAGCACAAAAAUGUCCUUUUUGGUAAGGGACUCCUGUGAUGGGUUUUUUUCCAAGCAGGAGGCGCUUCAAAGGAGUCCUGCAGCAGGGACUGCUCACCAGUAGGUUUCCUGCCCAACCUCCAGAAACUGUUCCCUCUGGCACCGGUGCCAAGCUUGGCCCAGAACCAGGAUUUGGUCCGAGCAGCACAAACCACCCAAAGCCACGAGAGGGCCUCCAGAUCAGGAAAAUUUUUGUCAYUCAUCCCUUCCAUGCCAGUCUUUGUAAAAAUAAAUCCUGUGUUACUUUGAGAUCUCUUCUUUUGCUGGUGUUCCUUCUCCACGUGCACAAGCUCUUAUCAGGGCACCGAGCCCUUAUCAGUGCCCAGCUGGCCAAACCGACCUCCUCCCGAUUUGCAUUAACGAAGCUUUCACUUCUCUAAAGACCUUAAUGAAUUUCUGCCAUUCCUGACCUCUCCUCAGCUGCCAAAACACCCUUUUUUUUUCCUCUUUCCAAUCUGCAAGGAGCCUUACAAUAAUAGCAUUACUGUACUUCCCUAAGUCUGGAUUUCUGUGCCCCAAAGCCGCUCGGGGAAACUCCGUCACYGAGUGCCACGAGCAGCUCCGUGAGGCAGCUCUGAGUGUCCCAGCAGCGAGGGGAGAUGCCCAGCAGAUAACUGUGCUGGGAGGCAGGCUGGACAUUCUGGGCUCCCCAGAUAACCCCAAUCCCGCUGGGAGCCGGGCUGUGCGAGCUCAGACAGGAACCGGGGCUCGGCCGCAGCUGCAACGUUUCCUGUUUGACAGAGAAAAGGAGAGCCAAGCACAAG